AUGACACCGACCUUGGACCCAGAGUCCGAUCCGGCCCUGACGCAGACAAUAGCCCACAAGAUCGGGGACGAGUGGGUGACCUUUGAUGUCCCCGUCUCAACCGUCAGCUCCACGGGAGAAACCAUUGUCAUGCUGCAGCCCAUUCUCGACAUCUUUCCCGAGACCGUCGCUCUCUGCCGUACCGACAGAACCUCGGUCCCCUUCAUGACCAACUCGGACGAUGUCUUAAUGGUGCCAAUGCGAGUACUUUACAUUGAAGACGAAGUCCUCUUGGUUGUACCCGCUCACGCGUCAAUAACGUCACAGCAAUUUCAAACCAGAACAUCCUCGCCCUCGCCCAUUCUUCCCGAGAGCACAUUGCCAUCCUUAUCCCACAGUCAUACCCCUUGGCCUGUAAACAAUCCCUUUGACGCUGCGGCAGACACACAUAGCCCGAGGUCCGAGUCCUCUCUGUCCUUUACCUCGGCCUUGUCUGAUACCGGGCUUGAUCAUAAUGUCUUUGAGCUCCAGUCGCUUGCCGGCACAUUAUCUGACUCCACACACACUCCAGCUUCAAACUUCUCUCUUUCGACCUUACUCCACUUGGGCGCAGCAAUAUUCGCACAAUCGGUUCCCUUGUCAGAACAACCAGUGCCCCGUCUAUUUAUUAUCCUUCCAGACGCCAAACCGAGACAUUGGGACGAAACCUCUCUAGUCAGUGCCACAGCUCCCACAUCUUCACAUCCAGAUGUCCGCGAGCGGGAUCCACGGACCUUUCGCCUAUACUUUCUGUGCGACUGCAGUGAAGGUGCAACCUUCCCCCUCCAUAUAGAACCUAACACAACGGAACAUGGCAAUGACAAUGGCAAUGGCAACGGCGAGGAAAAAAUUGAUUUACGAAAUUGCUCCCAUAUCGCGGACCAACCUGGCUACGAGAUCCUGAAUAUGAAGCAAUUCUGUGAACAAUUCGGAACCUACACGCUACUGCUCCUUCGAGUGCUCAAGCACGGCAUCUACUCGGUCGAGAAGAGGGGAUGCAUAUCACAGCCCAAGGUUACAGUCCCUCCUCUUUCUCAACGCCAGUAUACUGAUGUGCUUCAGCCUUUCACCUGGGAAAUCGAGGAACGCGUCUCUACCGCCAUCGAAACUCUCGAGAGGAUAUUAGCGUUCGAGAAAAAACUCGAAGGCAUGGACGAGGCCACACCACCUGCGAUCGAUCUACGGCGAUUAUGGGAAUGCGUCGAAAGGCUACGGGUCGGAGGAGAGAUGUGGGUUGAGAGUAUGCGCCGAGUUUCUGCCCAUGAUGAGACCACUCGGUGGAUCUGCCACGGCCAUUACCUAUCCACGUUCGACCAUCUACGAGAGGACCGCAAAUUGCUGAUACGGCGAUGCAGAGAGAUUCUUGGAAACGAACAUGGGAAUGGUAUCAGCGAACAACUGGACAACAAUUGUGCAGACAAUAAUUCCACAUGCGGGUCUAAGGACAAGGCUGUGAUCCUAGACGACCGAAAGAAGCACCUCAGACUCACAAGUGAAUUGACAAGUGCCCAUGCCAAGCAGUUGGAACUGCUUCUCGGUAACGACUAUACGGUUCAGGAGAUGAGCUUAGUCACCUCGCUCUUGAACAAGGAUCUUUUGAGCGUCAUCACAGAUAUGAUUCUUGGCUCCAAUAUUGAGCUAUGGCACUUAUCGCUCGUACCCAGGCAAGCAAGCACAAUCAUCCCUGGAGGAGCUUCAUCCGCACCCGCACUGCAUCUGUAUUCGCACACAAGGGGAGAAGCGAAUGCAUCAUACGAGUCUAUGACGAUGUCAGGAUCUCAGCCCGAUGUGAACCUGGACUGUCAUGCAGAGUAUUUGAACGGAAAUCUGCAUUCCAUCUGUAGCUUGCUUGUACUUGACCGAAUCCAGAGCCUUGAUAUCCCAGAUUUCGGCCAUGGACUCUUUACCAGUCUGGACCCGAGUGCCGGAGAGUUCCCAUACCUGCGCAAGUUGCGCCUGUGGGGUUCGGAUCCUACGGGCACACGCGAUGCGGACCGAGCGGAGAGAUCUUUGGCCAGUCCAUGGAACACCUCCGGCUUAGGUUCUCUGCUAAAGGCAUUUACCAACUUGACGGAGUUAUGCCUCUCAGGUAUAUUCCUCGGCGACAGUCUGACAUCAGCCAAGAAUGAUCACUCUCACCCACUUACCGAGGUUACACAGUCAUUAUUCUUCCUACCAUAUCUCUCUGUGCUGGAAUUAUCAUCAUGCGGUCUGCUACAGAAGCACUGCGCAGAAUUGGCGAGAUCGCUGGCCUUGUUGGAUAACCGAAUCACCCAUCUAGACAUACACAAUAAUUGGAUCGAGGACGAAGGCCUCGGAGAGUUAUUAUGGUCGGUCGGUCAACAUCUCUUUGCUCUGGAUGCACGGAACACUGGGUUUGGCGGCGUCAGCGCUUUUGCUCUCGCAAGCAUGCUAGAGAGCCACGAACAUGAGGUCAUGCAAAACCAAAUCAGCGGCCAUGCUAGUCGUAAGGCAAUAUACCGGAUCCUCAAACUGGAAGAGAUCACCAAUCCACACAGUCAGCUAUGGCCAAUGGACCCAGCCUUGCGCUCGCUUAUUCCGAGGACCCCAGACUUGGAUAUCAACGGUCGUCAGCAUCUUGUCCGGGCAUUAAAGCUGUUGGAGCCCAAGGAGCUGUGCAUUCGCAUUGGGCUUGGAUUUCAGGACGAGGACUUUGCCUCGGCAUUCGCAGGAAUGAAGAGCCUUGACUGCCUGGAACGCCUUCAGGUAUCGAACUCGAACUUUGGGCCACUUGCAGCUGCAGCUAUGCUCAAGGUGUUCAGGGCGACAUCUUGCAGGAUAAGUGAGCUCGAUAUCCAAUCAACUUUAUUGUCAGAGCGCGCACGGGAGGAAAUAUUAGAUCAAAUACUAAGCUUUUGA